AUGGAGUUUUUUUAAUUCGAUGAUUUAAUUCGAUAUGGCUCUUAAUUAGCUGAUUUUGCUUUGAAUAUUGGAUUUGUGUUGGGUCCUCUAAUUGGAUACGUGGCUCAAUAUUAAUUGAUAAAGUCAUAAAAGAGUGUAGGCUCAUUUUCGAUCGAUGUGUGUGCAAUAUUAUUGUUUGCAAAUUUGUUAAGAAUAGUGUUUUGGUACGAAAAACGCUUUGAAAAUGCAUUAUUGUAUCAAUCAAUUCUAAUGAUAAUGAUGUAAGUUGAAUUGCUUAGGUCAUGUUUGACAAUAAUGAACAAAUCGAUAUUAAAGGCUAAGCCAGACACAUUCUUUGAUAGUCCAUUGAAUAAGUUUUGGCGAUGGAGUCAAUUACAUUCAUACAUAGCAUGCUUGAUAUCCUUCUUAAUUUUCGUUUUGCUUUCUAGUUAUUUGAAUCUUGGCAAUCCUCAGUACUGGGAGAUAAUUGGAUUCCUGAGUUGUGCAAUUGAAGCCACUUUGGGAUUACCUUAAGCCAUUAAGAAUCACUCAGCAAAGAGCGUAAAGGGAUUAUCAUAUGCAAUGAUAGGAUCAUGGUUUUUAGGAGAUGCAUUCAAGACAUUCUACUUUAUAGUUAAGAAUUAGCCGACUUAAUUUGUGAUGUGUGGAGUGAUCCAAUUAAGUGUGGAUAUUUGGAUCAUGUUAUAAAUAGCAGUGUUUAGUUCUAAGAAAGGAGAUCUAGCUGAAAUAUGA